CCGUCUGAAUCGGAUUUUACCUGCAUUUUCUCCCUCCUUUCCUCUGUCUCUUCUUUCCUUUAAUCCUUUUUUUUUCUUUGACCUUUUACUCACACACUCUCUCUAUCUCCAUCCAUUUCUAGGGUUCUUCUUCUUCUUCACCAAACCACUGUGCAGCUAACCAUGGCAAAUUUGACAUCCUUAUCUUCAUGUUCCCCUCCUCCGUCUGUGUCACGCAUUCCAUCCUUUUCAGCUUCAUCGUCUUCUGCAGCUUUCGACGACUCUUCUGAGGACUCCUGCAGUAUAUGUCUAGAGCCCUUCGGCAUCCAUGACCCAUCCACUGUUACCUGUUGCAAACAUGAAUAUCACCUGCAUUGCAUUCUUGAGUGGUCACAGAGAAGCAAAGAGUGCCCAAUAUGUUGGCAAUCACUUGCUUUGAAAGACCCUGCCAGCCAAGAGCUUCUAGCUGCAGUGGAGGCUGAAAAAAGCUUGAGAUCAAGAAACAUAUAUUCAUCUUCAUUCACUAAUUCUCGCAUCCCCCUUGAACGGCUUAUUGAUGACAAUGAUGAUUCUUGCUCAGAUGACUCUGAUUUUGAUGAACAAAUUAUGCAGCACCUAGUUGCUGCUGCAAGUAGAGCUCGUUUUGUUCAGAGACGGGAAAGGCAGAGAUCAUCUGGAGCGGGUCCAUCAGAGGUUCUUGUUUUUGAAUCUUCUGCGCAUGUGUCCACGGUGCAACGAACACUUACAACUUCACCAUCUGGUGGUAGUUCACCAACUUCUGGCAUACCAUCUGCAGUUGACAUUCAACCUCCAACAUCUGCUUUUUCCCCUAUUGUGGAUGAGGUUGCAAGAAAUACUAGUCCUGAGAGUGAUGUCCCCUACAGACCCAGAGUUCUCUAUCCCCAGCCACCGCCUGAGAGUGUGAGGAGACUUAACACUUCUGAGAUGUUCUCCCUUCCUGAAUCCUUCAAAACCAAAUUUUCUGCUGCUUCAGCCAGAUAUAGGGAAUCAAUUUCAAAAAGUACCCGAGGCCUUAAAGAGAAACUACUUGCACGUAAUGCCUCAGUAAAAGAGCUGAGCAAAGGUGUUCAGCGUGAGAUGAAUGCAGGCAUAGCUGGAGUUGCACGGAUGAUAGAACGCCUUGACCUUACCUCAAAACGGUCCAGUUCACCUCUCAUUCCUGUCCAUACUGGGGGAACUUCGGGCUUCCCUGAAGAAGGAAAGUUUGUCGAAGAGAAUGGCAUUGGGCAUUCUCCUAAUGAAGAGAAUGGAGAUUUGGUUCAUGAUGUUAGUUCAGAUGCUCCCUCACUUGUUUCUAGCAUGGUUGGUGGUCGAAUGGAAAUUCCUCAAUUUGUUCAGAGUGGGCAUGAUGCUGUGAAGAUUUAGCUCGGGAAGAUCAACUAUUUUAUGCUGUCUCACUUGUCCAAGAAGUGCAAGAGACGACUUUGAUAACCAAUGUACCUGUUGGUAUGCGUCCUGCAUUGUUAUCAAUGGUCAAUCAUUUGUAGGAGUUAAAAACAUGUAAUGAUCUAUUUAUAGAGCCUGCGGUUUCUUCUGUUGGAAGAUUAUUUAAUGCACUUAUAUUAGAUAUAGUUUCAUGGAUCCGUAUCUAUGUUUAUCGUUUUUUUAUUUUUCCUUUACAUGCCAAUACAUGAUUUCGCUUUAA